AUGGCUCAGGAACAUGGUCUGACUGAGCUGGUGAAUCAACAGGUAGGAGAGUUGGAACCUGAUCUGUUUUGGGAGAAAAAUAUUACCAGGUCCUUGAAGGGCGAAAAUCAAGUUCUACUAUUAAGUUACACAAAUUAUAAUAACAAAAAAUUUGAUGUUAUAAGGAAAGGUCUUCUUCCAGAUCAAACUCAACGUACCCUCAUGGAUCUUGAGACAAUGGACUACUAUGACUAUGAGAUAAUUAAAUCGGAGAGAGACAAUGUGGAAAUGUACAUCGGAUAUGGGUGGUAUGAAUACGCCAAGGAAAAAAAUCUCAAGGUGGGAGAUACAUUGUUGUUUAUUGUGUUAACUUUUCUUGCAUUUUUACUAAGAGAUAUUAGUUUUAUAUUUGUGUUGUUUGGUUUGUAA